AUGGUAAUUGCAAUGCCAAUGCCCACACCUGAACCCAAGAAAAAGAAGAAACCUGCUAGUCACUCAGGAGAUGGAACAUUCUUCGAUCCGGGACUUGGUGCUUGCGGGACGACAGCAAAUGAUAAUUCGAUGAUUGUUGCAUUGGCAGCUCCAGAUUUCGAUCCAUCAACACCUAAUGGAAAUCCAAAUAAAAACUCCUUAUGCGGAAAACGUGUACGUAUUUUCCGAAAUGAGAAAUCAGUAGAUGCUAUUGUGCAGGAUAGAUGUCCACCUUGCAAAUCUGGCGACAUUGAUAUGUCACCCGCAGUAUUUAAGCAUAUAGCGAAUCCAUCAGAGGGAAGGAUCUUAGUUUCUUGGCAAUAUAUAUAA